AAUAUUUAUCCCAUUGUUAGAAAGGUUAUGUUGUUUUAUUAAUAAUCUAUGGGUUAUUUCCCGCCAAACAUCGCACUUCUGCGCAGAACAGUAAUCUAACCUUAUCUAACCGUCUAACCGUAUCUGACUUUGUCGCAGAAAGGAUCAUGAGUGAUCAUGAGUGUGGUGAGAUUUGAUUUCUUAUCGAUUGUUUUAAAACCGCGGAUUCUCUCCAGUGUUAAUUUAAGCAUUCAAGCACUUUGCUUACUUUUCUCUGCGUUUAUAUGCGACUUCUGGAUUUGUUUUUUUUUUAAGGUAAGGCACGCGAGUGACAAUUGAUAGCAGUUUCGUUUCAUUAAGCUUUACUUUCCAUCGUUCGCACAGUUUUAAUAUUACGGAAAGAAAAAUAAGAGUAAACUGAUAGAAAAGCACUAUGCCACAAACUACACUCAAAGAAUUCUACAAAGUUACAAGUAGGAAAUCUGUGAAUGUGAAAAAUAAUGUAGAAAAAAAUGUAGAAAAGGCAUCUACCACUGGAAGUCCAAUAAUUGGCAGAAAAAAAGGACAAGGGAAAAAAUUAACAGCAAAAACAAUAAAAGGUUUAAGAAACAACAAACUAUUCAAAGCGUUUAUACGGCAGUUAGCAGAAAAUAUUCUUUUUCCAGUAAGCGAAGAAUCUCAUUCGUCAAAGAUGGAUAUAAACAAGAGUCCAACUAAAGUUACUGAAACUACAAUAGCGACUUCAUCAAGCACUAAAUAUAUUUCACCUGUUAGAACGCCACAACACACUACAACACAUAGUGGUUCAAAAUUUUCACCAAAGACAUCAUCUCCAACAAAGGAUGCAUUCGACAAAUCACAAAGAACGGAAAUGGCGCGAAGAAAACUGUUCAAGGAUACAACAGAGGAAUUAAUUUCUCAGGUCAUAGAUAAUCUGAAUUUGGCCAAAGAAGGCGCUAUUGCGAAUAAUGAGAUUAAUUUGGAGAAAGUUUACGCGAGUAAGAAAUUCGACUAUAAGUACAAGUCCAUAAACACCGCAGCUUCGACGAGAUAUGAAAUUGAUGACGUUAUCAUACCAAAGGACACGUAUUCGCUACAUUUCUUUCUGGCUGUGUCCACGGUAUUUUCUAAACCCGUCAACUGCGGAUACUUCGACGAGGACGAGCUGGAUUACAUAUACUCGCUGUUAACGCUUUCAAAAGACGCACAAGCAUUAUUCAUACGUAUGCUGAAGAGGAAGCACACGUGGCACAGAACAAGCAGCAUCAAGUAUGAUGAAGUGUCCAAGGAUUUAGGGCCCAUCUUCGACGAACUUGUGUCACGAUCUGUUUUCAAAAGCGGCAUGGAAGAGGAAGAUUUGUCGAUUUUGUUAAACUUGCUGCAAGUCGAUGAAAUUCGCAAGCUGUGCCAAGAAUCAAAGAUCAACGGCAGCAAGAAGAAGGAGGACUACAUACAAUCGAUCCUAAAGUUGUCCAAGACAAAAUCGUUGUUUCCCGGAAUGCUGAGUCCUGCCACCAAGCUGCGUGCGUCGGUGAACAAGCGCCUGGGGCGUUGCGUGAUGUUAAACGGCAGAGUGAAAGAAAUGGUUGAUAAAAUAAUUACGCUGCUGAUACCUAAUCGAGAUCCCACCGAGACUUUAUCGGACGUCUUCCACACGAUAUUAAGAGUCGAAACAAAUGAGAUAAAGUUUCCGCAAGUAACGAUAAGCGACCUUCCUAUCUUCGCCGGUAAACAGCACCUGUUAGAUUAUGUGGAAGCCAGAAAUGCACUAUCCGAUGUGCUAAGUGCGAUUGAAAAAAAACAAUGGCAGACUGUACAGGAUCGUGGAUCUUUAGCUGCGGAACGUUUGCCGCUUAUCUUGGAAGUGGAAACACAAAGUCUGAAAGAUUCAACACUGCCUAAUCACAUCAGACACUUCAUGCCGGGUUAUACGUGGCUCAAAGUUCUGCAUAAGAGUAUCGACGUAUUUAAAAAAUCCAAGAAUACUCUGCCGAAGGCGAUAGAACAUUUGCAAACCUUAAUACGUCAGGAUUGUCAUAUGAAAUAUCGAAAAGGACAGUGGUACGCCGAAUUGAUCAAGAUAGAAAUGUAUCACAAGAAAGAUCUCGUCGCCAGUGUUCAGUCCCUUUCCGAUGCGGUAGCAUACAAAGAUUUAACGGAAGUCGAUAAAUUAGAUUUACUGGAAAGAGCAGAGAUGCUUGCUAAAAGAAAGACCGGCAUCAGCCAAGAUACGAAGAACACUGCUACAAAUAUAGCGAACGCACUUGGUAAAAUGUCACUGACAUCUCUGACGAAUUCCAUUGCAAUAAAAGGAACAUUGUGCGGGAACACUUCGCAGGGAAAGAGCAAAUGGUGUAUUAGCAAUGGAAUAGACGAACAAACGUACGGCUCGGUUGAGGAUUUAGCGCUGAAUUAUUAUCAAAGCGAGGGAUAUAUCAAAGGUGUGCAUUGCGAGGGUGCAUUUCCGGUCACUCUGUUCGGCACAUUAUUCUGGGACGAGAUUUAUAACAUGGACGUUCCCGGUGCUUGUGUAUCCUUGUAUCAGGAUGCACCGUUGGAUCUGUACUCGUCGGAAUUCUACGAGAAUAGAAAGGAUCGAAUCGAUAUGAAGCUGCAGAUUGUUCGAGAUUUCGAUGUGGAAACGUUGAGCAGACACUUGAAGCAUAAGUUCGACAUGUACUGCGAAUACAAAUCCAUCUCCAACUCCCAGGGCACUCCCUUCGAAAACAGCAAUAGACUGGAGGAAAUUGUGCUUUGCUUGGGCGUAGAAGGGAUCGUUCGCAUUUGCGAACGACUCCUUCACAAUUACACUUUGUGGAGAGCGGGUUUUCCAGACUUGAUUGUCUGGAACGCACAUACAAAACAGUAUAAAAUCGUGGAAGUAAAAGGUCCGGGCGAUUCGUUAUCGACGAAGCAAAAACUAUGGUUGACGUAUUUGAAUCAGCUCGGACUUAAUACGGAAGUGUGCUAUUGCCAGUCCAGUCAUACUAAUGGUGGACGCAAGCGGAAGCGCGAAGAAAUUGCGUGAUACAACGUUUUUCGUAUGCAUGCAAGAUAUAUGUCACGUUGCAUAAAGAUAAGAUAUUAUAGAUUUUUAGAGAUAAAGAUAUUUAUUAUAUUUUAUACUAAUUGUGA